UAUUUUCCUGGAUGGAUGCGUCCAAGGACGAGGAUUCUAGCGCAUUCUCUCCGCGAUCGCUUCCCGGCACUCGUAGCGCUCCAGGGAAUCAACACGAUCGCGCUGCUCGUGUUGGCAUUGAAGGCGUGCGCGAGCUCGCGGCAGCUCGAAUCGGGCAAGAGGAUCCACGCCGAUGCAAUGCGCUCUGGCGAGCACAGGAAUGCGUUCGUGGCGACGACGCUGAUCUCUAUGUACGCGAAGUGUGGCAGCAUGGCGGAUUCUCGCAAGGUUUUCGAUGCCAUGGCCGUGAGAGGCGUGGUUGCCUGGACGGCGCUCGUUCUUGGCUACGCCGAGAAUGGAGAGGCGAGGCUGGCGCUGGAACUCUUCUCUAGAAUGGAGGAGCCGGCGGAUGGGCCAGCGUUCGUGGCAGCGGCUAUGGCCUGUGCGAUCGCAGCGGUGGAAGAACAGGGCAGGGAAAUCGAUGGAAAGGUUUACAAGUUGUGGAGCUUGGAGAAAGGGAUGGAGCUCCACUCCCGAGCGGCGAAGCUUGGUUUCGAUCGAUCUAGCUCCUUUCUCGCCAACACUCUGCUGGAUUUGUACGCUAAGUGUGGGAGCUUGGUGGAUUCGUGGAGAGUUUUCGAGACUAUAGCUUCGCCGUGUGUGGUGUCGUGGACGGCUUUGAUACAGGGACAUGUAGAAAAUGGUGAGACCCAAGCUGGAUUGGAGCUCUUCGACUAUGUUCUUGGGAGAAAGAUCUGCGAGCCAAACUCGAGAACUUACGUAGCUGCUUUGCUCGCUUGCGCGGAGCUGGCUGAGAAAGAAGAUGGAACGCAAGUUUUCCUCCAAGAAACUGGAAAGGUGGCUACUGUAAGGCUGAAGACUUUGGAGAGAUGCUUCGAGCUUCACUCUCAGGCGCUGGAGCGGGGUUUUGCGUCGGAUAGAUUCAUCGAAAAUGCGCUCGUGAGGCUCUACUCCAAAAGUGGAAGCAUGGCCAAUGCUUUCUUGGUUUUCCAAGGUAUGAUCUCUCCCGACGUCGUUUCUUGGACUGCUCUCAUUCUCGGCUACGAACUAAAUGGUGACAGUGAACAGGCUCUGGAAUGUUUCAUGCAAAUGGAGCGCUCGGAUUGUAGACCGGACGCUCGGACUUUCACUGCCGCACUCACGGCUUCCACAACUCUGGCGGCUUUUGAUGCUGGGAGAAGAAUCGAUGCUCUAGUAACUGGCCAGGGACUGGAGAGCGAGCCGUUUCUCUCGGCUUGCCUGGUGGACUUCUACAGCAAGUGCGGACGUGUGAAAGCUGCUCGCUACAUCUUCGACUCGACUGCUGCCGUUGGAGUUGUGCACUGGGGAGCGUUGAUGGCUGGCUAUGGUCGGCAAGGAGAGAGCGACGAGGUGAUCACUCUUUUCGGCAGGCUUGUCGAUGAAGGUCUCAAACCGAAUGCCGUCGUCCUCCUAGCAGUUCUCAGUGCUUGCAGUCACGCUGGUCUCCUCGAGAAAGGACGGAAGCUUUUCGGUUCUAUGAAACCGGUCUAUGGUGUCCAGCCAGGUAUCGAGCACUAUCAUGCCAUGAUUGAUCUUCUCGGCCGGUCUAACCAUUUGGACGACGCAGUGACCAUGAUCAGAGACAUGCCAUACAAGCCGACGGUGGUGACAUGGAGGACGCUGCUAGGUGCUUGCUGGAAGAUGAAAAACGUUCCUGUGGGAAGGAUGGCUUUCGACUCAAUCAUGGAGCUGGAUCCAGGUGAAGUCUCAGCUCACAUUCUCAUGUCCAACAUCUAUGGAAGCCUUGGGAUGUUUGUGGAGAAAGCCAACGUUCGUGCGAUGGGUGGCUUGGAUGAGGAGGCGCUCGAGCACGAGUCCUGGAAUUUGUAGAACAGGCACUUUACAUCAAGGAAUGGAUUCAACACUUCAAAAGUGUGUCGCGCGAAAGCAUAUGAGAAGCUGCGGACCGUCAGAUGAGACUAUACACUAGGG